UGUGACAAUAAAACUCUUUGAUUUGAUUACAGAGAAAAGCAGCAGAAACAUCUGAGCUGAACAGGCACUGAUUUGAUCUUUGAGUGGCCUGUGACCUCUGACCUCCUGACUGUUAGGAGGUCUUUCUCAGUCCAGCCUCUGGAGCUGUGAACUUAGUUCUGUCUACAAAUGCACCAAAACCUCCAAAUAAUUACCUUCUAAUAUAUCAUGUCUUUCAAGGCCUCGAUGUAAUCGGGACCAGUCAUGUUCUACCUUUAUGCCGUCCGGCUGACCAGUCACGAUCAGUGGUGACAGAAUCGACUAAUAGGAAUCCACCCUGAAAAACCUCCCUCCUCGUGUUGAGCUACAGAAGCAGAAUCACCAGCUGCUGCGUCGCAUCAUGUGUGUGUUUGUAGGUCUGAUUUCAUCCUGUUUAUUUCUGUUUUUCCAGUUUGAUACCAAGCCGGUCCUGUUGAGGAGUCUGAAGUGGAUCGUCAGUCAGCCUUCCCGUUUCUAUAAAAAUCUAGAUGUGCGUAUCAAGGUGUCUGCGAUGUGUGGGCGUGUCUCUAGUUCCCAUGGCGAUUGUCUGCAUACUGUGCAACAUCCUGCUACUGGUUCCUGAGCUGAAGAUCCAGUUCCUGUUGGACGGUCAUGUGACUAGAGAGGCUACCUGGGCCACAGGACUGUGGGGCUCUGGCUUCCUGGUUCUACUUGGAGCUCGAGCCUUUGUCCAGAGCAGCAGAACCCGAGGCUGCUGUGCGUUCAGGAGUCAGAUGUUGUGCCAGCUGCUUUACUCCUGCCUCUGUCUGCUCUCUGCUGCCUCCUGCUCCCUGGUCAGUGCCACUGGUCUGUCUCAGGGUCCCCUCUGCCUCUACAACGACUCCUCUGGUCCCACCUGGGGGGUCCCGCUGCAGCCCCUCCCAGGCCGACACUCGGGAUACCUGUUCAACAGGACUCUGUGGUAUGGGGUCUGCUUGGAGCCCAGCUCGGUGGUCCAGUGGAACUUGGUCCUGUUCAGUGUGAUGGGGACUGUGAGCGGACUGCAGACGGUCCUCUGUGGGGCCAACAUCCUGAACUCCAUACUUGGCCUGAUUCUGGGCCGGGGCCUCUCCCACAGUAAGAUCAGUCCAGUUUCAGUUUGACGUGAGUUCGAUCCUGGGAGCUCCAACUGUGAUACACAGAAUUAAAAUUAAAAGUCUUUCACUGAUGCACUUUAGAUAAUCAAUAGCAUGAAGAUCAAUAACCUGAAAUACCUCGACCUUACGCAGGAUUGCAGUACAUGUACCUUUUAACAAUUAUUUAUUUAUUUUCCUGAAUAAAACUAUUCAAACAUCCAGUUAAGCUAAAUAAUCAAUAAUAAAAUAAUAUCCUCGUGCUUAAUAAGAGCUUCAACAAAUUCAAAUGUUUGGUUAAAAAAAAACAACUAAAUCAUUGAUUUUUGUUUUCAAAGUUAAACUCAGAUUUUUAUUGAUUAUGUUGUUUACUGAUCAUUUUAUUAAACUUUUUAUUUUUUUAAUUAAUUUAUUUUGAUUAGCAUUCAGAUAUCUCAGUGUAUACAGAAUAAAGAUCUACCACAAAGAAAGCACGAGACAAGGCUAAUCAACAGUUAUUGGCUGAAGCAUACGCUUAUGCUGUUUGUG